UGAAGUGGAAUGCGGGAGAAGUUGGAGGUUGGCUCUCGACACCAAUUGUUUAAAUCAUUUUGUAGGCGCUAGGGACGGCACAUGCUGCACAUCCAUCACCUUGACGUUGGCCUGGCAUUCGGAUUGUUGACAUAAGAGGGCCGGCGGACUCUCGGCCGGCAGCCAGUAUUUGAGACCAACAUGCCAUUGCUCAAUUGAUCACAUCAACUCAUUCAUACCCAGUCUUCAUCACCAUGCAGGCCCUCGUCACGCACCGCACCCUCCCGACGAGGAUCUUCAACGCCCUCAGCGGCAAGGCCAUCUUCAACCCCGGCGCCAAGGUCCACGACAAUGUCCCCAUUCCCACCAUCAACGCCCAGCAGCUCCUCGUCAAAGUCAAGACGGUCGCCCUGAAUCCCAGCGACUUCAAGCACAUGGACGCCCUCGGGCCCCCGGGCUGCAUCCUCGGCUGCGACCUUGCGGGUGAGGUGGUCAAGGUUGGCGAGGGUGCUGCCGGCAAGUGGAAGGUUGGUGAUCGCGUGGCCAGCGUGGCCCACGGCGGCAUGUAUGCAGACGAGGGCGCGUUUGCCGAAUAUGCCAAGGUCGAUCACGACCUGGCCUGGCCGAUUCCCGACGAUAUCAGCGACGCGGAUGCGACGACGUACGGUGUGUCCGCCAUGACAGCCAUGUAUACCCUCAAUGCCCGACUCGGUCUUCCUUUCCCCGGUAGCAACGCGAAGCCGGCGGCCGGCGGCGAUUCGACUGUCUUCAUCUACGCGGGUGCCACCAGUGCAGGGCUGUUCCACCUGCAGGUCGCCAAGGCGGCCGGUUACACCGUCGUCACAACCGCGUCUCCGCGCUCCUUCGAGCUUGUCAAGAAGUUUGGCGCCGACACCGUGUUUGACUAUCGCUCCCCGACAGUGGUGAAGGAUAUACUGGCCAAGUAUCCCAAUCUCACCAAAGCAGUCGAUUGUUUCUCCGAGGGCGCGUCGUCGUCCAUCUGCGCACAGGUUCUGAAGCCAAAGGGUGGCAAGGUGGUACUCCUGCUGCCGAAUGGCGAAUCCAAGGUGCCCGGCGUGCAGUUCGACAUGGUCAUGCUCUACACCGUCUUUGGCCGGGCCUUCCAGAUGCUGGCCCCCCUAGGACCCAAGUUCGAGGCAUGCCCGAGCGACCGCGAGUGGGCUGUCCGCUAUUGCAGCGCCCUUCCGGAAUUGGCACGGCUUCUGAAGCCCAUCCCGACUGUCAGCCUUGAGCCAGGGUUCAAGGGCAUUAUGGACGGCCUUGAUAAGCUACGUCAGGGCAAGGUCGUGGGUGGCAAGCAGGUCGUCCAGCUGCAGUAAUGAGAUAGUUGAAUGCGGCAUUGGAACGAGUUGGCGGUGCUCCGUUGUAUAGUGGUGUUAAUACCUAUGCACAUAUUAAUUCUGUCGACGUUUAUUGUCCGGGUGGAGUUCGCGGUCUUGCUGUGGUUGCAUCAGCGCAUAUGAUCAAAGUCCGUUCGCUCUUGUGGAAAGUCUGCUUUUGGAAGAUGUGAUGUAUGUGAUGCUCUCACACGGCAAGAGAUCUCAGCAUUCUUCAUCAACAAACCCAGAUGGCCUUGCAGGGAACAUGAACCUUGCGUCACGGAACUUGACCACAUGCUCAGGUGUUGUAUUAGAGUACAUACGACCGGAUGCUCUGCCUGACAAUCCUAUGUCUGAGCCUUCAACUCAACAUUUACAGCGACGCCUUGAGCACAGAAAAGGCGUCCUGGGCA